GCGUUAAUGCAAAUUAAUGCUUGCGGUAUGACUAACAAGGGCACUGAGAGCGCUUCGUCCCUCGUCGAUAACACGGACGUGAGCCAGGUGCGCCAGUUGGUGCAGCAGUGGCGCCAGGCGUACAGCCAGCUUCGUUUCGAGCACCAGCGUCAGCGAGACGAGAUCGUGCACCUGGGCAUGCACGAGCGGCUCUCGGAGGACAACGAGAAGCUGCUGCGUCGCGAGAACGCCUCACUCAAGCAGGCGCUCGCCGAGCACGCCGACGCGGCCGCCAAGCUCAAGAAGCUGCGCGCCGAAAACGAGACGCUGCGCGAGGACCUGGACGAUGCCCGCGCCUCGGUGUGCGCCGGACAGCUGGAGCACGAGGCGAGGCAGUCCGAGUUGCGAAGACAGCUGGACGCCGAGAUCCGCGACCGCCGCGAGGCCCAGCUCAAGCUGGACGCCGAGACCACCGCGUGCGCCAAGCUGCGCGACGAACUCGAGGCCAGGGGUGACGAGAACGCGCUGCUUGCCGCCGAGCUCAAGGAGUGCCGCGAGCUCCUCAAGACAAAGGAGCAGGAGUACCGCUGCCAAGUCAUCGCCACCAAGCUCGAACGCGACGAGCAGGUCGCGCGACUCGAGGGACGACUGCAGCACCUCCAGACCUCGGCCCACGACGCCUGCCGGCAGCAGUUAGUCACGCUGCAGCAGGAACUGGAGCGGGCGAGGACCGAACUCGCCCAACACCUCGCCAAUCGCCGAGACGAUCCUCCUCCAGCAUCGGAGCAGCCCGGCGCGUCGUCGUCACAAGCUUCGCAGAGAACGACGUCGCAGAGAACCAUCAAGGCCUCCGCCGCGGAGUCCUCCCAGAGUCUCGCUGCUCAAGAACGUCCCGGAACCAGUACGAAGCAGAGGACGUGGCCCGAGGCCUUCGGCGGACUGUGGUGCGAGGAGGCCAAUAAGGACGUCGCCUCUGUCCAAGGCGACAGGAAGGGCGUCGCGGCUCGCAACAGAGGCGGAGGCCUCCGGACCGUCGAGACUUCGAGGAGCUGCUCCUCCGGAAGACGCGAGACUAACGCGACCGGUGUCCUAGCGUGUUCCCAAUUCGGUCCCGAAAAGGACUCGAGUCGAGGAGACAGUAGAGGACCCGUGAGCGACGGCACCGUUGACUCCACGCACAGGGCGCAAAGCUCGCGCGACCUGGUUGCCAAGGGACGUGAAUCUCCCGCCGUUGCUACGGCGCCAGCUACCUUAGAAAGACCCAACGCACCCAGGACGCCGCUGAAGGUCAGUGACAUCAUCAAGAAGUCUACAGGCCGGCGCAGUAACAGGGCACUGGUGACCGCUGCGUUCAAAGACGACGCUCCUCCUCCUGCUUGCGGUCUUAACGCUGCAGCAUACGACGGCAUCCACACGGGCGACGUAGUCGUCAGUGAUUCGGACCCUGGUGAAGAGGACGGUGACCAAGGCCCCGACGGCGGCGGGCUAGAGGGCAUCAUGGUUGCGGCAACCCCGCCGACUUCGCCCAAACAGCAGGAAGGAAGGAAGGAAUACGAACAGCCCAAACAGCAGCAGCAAAAGAAACGCAGGCUGUGCCUCGAAGUCGACGAUAUGCUGUUCGUCGACGCCUAG